CAAAAGACGGCCAGGCGGGGGUAAAACAAGGGAAGAUAACCUGUCACAACGCCGAUAGACGGCACUUGCUGUCAACAUGGCCGACGAUGGGGAUUUCGAUGGCGAAGACUUUGAUGAAGGUCCUGAUGACCUGGAUGAUGAUGAGGUCCUGGACGAACCCGAGAAUGCCGAGGUUGGGCAAGAGCAGAUAGAAGUCUUGCCGAGUGACACCCCUCGUCAGGUUGAACCAAUGAAGAGAAUCACCUCACGAUAUUUGACAAAAUACGAGAGGGCAAGGAUUCUUGGAACAAGAGCUUUACAAAUAGCCAUGUGUGCCCCUGUGAUGGUGGAACUGGAGGGAGAGACCGAUCCUCUUAUGAUCGCCAUGAAGGAACUCAAGGCCAGAAAAAUCCCCUUUAUCAUCCGCCGAUAUUUACCAGAUGGAAGCUACGAAGAUUGGGCUUUGGAUGAACUUAUCAUGACAGAGUGAUCAUGUGAACUCUGUGUUACUGGUAGCAGCAGGAACAGCGACAUUUGCUGAAGAAGGGGACAUGAUGAUGACAGACUCAUCUCUGAUCUAAGCUGUAUCAUUUCACAAACAUUGUAUUCAGUGGAUUUUGUUUCCUCAGGACAAAGAUCAGAAGUGGAUCAGUGUCGUCAAAUGUCUUUGAUAGAUGGAUUUGGUACGCAUUAUGUGUCUUACCAUUUUUACCCAUUUUCAUUAAGUAUCAUGUAAUUCAUCAUCAAUUUUAUGUAAUAAAACAGAAUAACUCCAA